CAUGAAGUUUUGAAGUCACUUUAUGCUUUAACAUCCAAAACACUCGGCAAUAUAGGUCUACGAGUCUACCAGCGCAAUGAAUGAAUGCUUGAUGUUAUUUGAAAGUAGUAUAGUAGUAUGGACCUAUGACCAUAUGCCAUGUGUUAUUUAUGGGACCAUGGCAACCCGUGAAUUCGGCACCGCUCAAACGUCAAAUUAGUGAAAUCGUGCAUCGGUCCAUAGUAAAGACUCAUGGAUGUAAAAUUCAGUUCAGGAGAUCAUCACAUCUUCCUUGGGCUGCUCAGAAUGAAGGUCUUCACAUAUUCUUCUACCUUGUUGUGUGACGUGUCAACUGGAUCAUAGUCUGCGUCUAAUUGAAAGCGAAUUCUUGCGAUUCUAUGGGUUUCCAGGGGGUACUUCUACGUAAAAGAAAUCAAUUUGUACUAAGUAUUGCGUGCUGUAGACCAGGUCUACAAAACAAUUUUGGAUGGACCUUACGGAAGGAAAAUGUAUGAGUUUUAUGCUCACAUCAAGACUCACACAGAUUUACUAACUCAUGAUCUACUAAGUUUUGACAUCCACCAUGUUCUCGGGCUUCAGAACUACUAGCAUAACCAAGAAAUUUGCUUAUUUCAAUGAGUAAGGUUUAUUCUCCCAAUUUGAGUAUCGGUUUUCAGAAUUGCGAAUGAAAUGUGAACCUUGUGAGUACGAAUUGGAUUAAUUAAACGCAGAUAGUUCACUGGUUACGGUUGAAGAACUGAAGACCUGAUCUUAUUGAAUUUAUUAGAUAACUUUUAUCAGUCGUUGGACUUAAAACUUCAGAGCUGUGAGCCGUAUUAAUAAACCACUGUUCGCCGGUUACGCAAGUGGAUCUGAAUCUGUCUUGGAUAAUCUUAAAUGGUCGUUGGCCACAAAGCUCUGUAGAACCUUAUCCCAUUAGCCUGCGUUGUGUAUAGGUUAGCUAGAAUGCAAACGAUUACUAUUUAGGCCAAAAGAUGUGAUGAUCUGUAUUUAAAGUAGUUUCAGUUACAACCAGAAGCUCAAAAUUUGACACAACAUUCUGUUGUAACAGCUAUAAAUGAUGUUUAUAAACCACAAAAGGACCCUGGUUGCGCUUGUAGAUCUGCAGUCCUGUACAUCCCUGAGAUUUUUCUUGAGGAAUCCCUGGAAUAUUGCUUGGAGAAAUCUUUGGAAGAAUGUCAAGAGAAACUCCAGGCAUAAUUUCUUGAGGAAUUACUGAAGGUACUUCUGGAGCCCUGUGCAGGACAGCUUGCACAAAUGCUCGUGCAUUUAACGCACUGUGUAAUCAAAUCUUUAGGUCUCAAGAUCUGAACGUUCUAGAUCUGAACCUAGGACAUCAGAACAAGUAACAGGUAUAGAGAUCAAGUCUGAGCAAGUAGGCGCUGCAAAACUAUGACAUUAUUUUAGCAUCUUUUGAGACAGCAUCAAGUCCAAAUUCCCCUUUUUCGUUCCAAAUUCACAUUUCCAAAAUUCUAAAUUCUACAUUUGCUCUGAAGCACCCCUUCGAAAAAAAUGUCGCCUAACCGGAUAUUCAUGGUAGAGCUCAUCGUGGAAGAUUUGCAAAUGUUUUCGGCCGAACAGUUGGAAGGCACCGAAGACCCCCAGCAGCACUCCGCCGAGCAAGCUGACGAAACCGAAUCCACCGGGACCUGCCCGGAACGUUGCAUCCGCUUCCAGCUGGCCAAUCUGGCUCGCUGCGAAGUGUGCGAGAAGGACUUCGGGUCACAGCUGGACGAAAGCACGUCCAAGUUGGGCGAAAACUGCAUGUUCACGCUGAACGUGGACGGUUUGCGGGAGCAGGAGUUGAGCUUCGAAAUCUCCGCCCUUGAAAGGGGUAAAGAUGGGGGCAAAAAGGUUCUCGGGAAGUGGGCGGAGCCUGCCAAUGAAAUGCUUAACAACCUGGCGAAGAAUUUUGAUAACGUCAAUGAGAGGCGCAGUUCGGAGGCCUCGAUUGGAACGGCCUUAUCGGAUGAUUCGAUAUCGAAGAAGAAUUUCCCAGUUUCGGAGACGAUUCGAUCGCUGUAUCCGUUGCAGGAUGAUAAGGAGGUUGUGCGGGGUUGUGUCAUUGUGACCGUUCGGAUCUCGUGCCUCGGAACCAGGAUCACUCAGAAGAUCAAGCUCGGCGCUAAGGAUGAUCAACCGGGAGUAACGUGCUUCAAAGUGACUGACCAAGAAGGCGAAGAGCAGUUCAUGAAAUGCGUGGCGUUCGAUGAAGUGGCACAUCCACAUCCGGUUCUUUGUGGGGAUUGCGAGAAACCGAGUUUGGUGUCACUUCCGGCGACUCCGCCGGCAUCGGUUUCUAGUCGGGAAGAAAUUUGCUCGCCAUACGAUGAAUACACGGCCGAAAUGAACGGGAAUGCGAUUUCCAUUCGGGUUGAGAAAAACUCGGAAAUAAAGGUCAUGUUGGACGAUGAACAGGACAACAACUGCACUAAAGGAUGCUGGACGUCGCUGAAACUCCCGGAAGGAGUCUACGCCCUAGAAGAAAACUACGUCCAACGCGAGGAGAACGCCUGUCGGCUUCCGGUCAUCCGGGGCAACCUGAAGUACCCCGCCCGGCAAUGGUCAGCUGAUUUCCUGAUGUGCAAACAGAAGCGUCCGAUCUGUGCGGAAGAUUACCGCAAACGGCCGGAUCAAACUAGAUCGAUUUGCAUGCAAACUCGCGAUCCGGAGGAACCCCCGACCGUCCAUCCGUGUGGGAUCGAAAUCUGCAAGAAAGGCUGGCACGAUCCGAACGUGGACGUUUUCGUGCUCAAGUUGGGCAAGAACAAGACAACCCGGUCCGAGGGUGCCGCCAAUCAGAUCGAGCUGGAGCUUCGGACCCCGAAAGGACCCAUGUACGAAAAGAGGCCGAAGGAAACUCGGGGCGUUCAGGUGAUCGAGUCCGAGUUUGAAGAUUUUAAGGCUCCGCAAGCGGAAGAACCCAAGAAGUCCAAAAAGAAGGCCACUGCUGGUAAGAAGGGCGCUAAGAAAAAGUAGCGGGAAAAGGAAGCACUAUUGAUUGUCCAAACGGUUCAAAAGCCAGCUUAUUAAAGUUCAUAUUGUAAAAUUGCAUCUGAUCGGAA